AUGCUUAGAACGCGCUGUGGGCUGCUCGAUCCUGCCACGAGACUCCGGUGGACGCGACCACCGCGCUCACGAGGCCUGGCAUCCGCUGCCGCCGCCGCACGACCACUCAGGAUCGGAGUGGUCGGAGGAGGACCAGCAGGGUUCUAUGCGGCAGGGCGGUGGCUGAGCGUGGCGGACAACGCACGAGUAGACCUGUUUGAGCUGCUGCCGACGCCUUUUGGCCUGGCGCGCUUUGGUGUCGCGCCUGAUCAUCCCGAAGUCAAGAACUGCGAACACAAGUUCGAGGAGACCGCCCGCGACCCUCGGUUCCGCUUCUUCGGCAACGUGCAGGUCUGCGGCACCCAGGCAUCCUCCGAUUCGACCGUUCUCUCUGUCCCGAAUACGACUCCUUCCUCUCUCGCCGUGCCCAUACCCCUCGAGAAGCUGCGACAACACUAUGACGCCGUCCUCCUGACCUACGGAGCUUCCCUCGAUCGUCCACUCGGCAUUCCCGGCGAAGACACGCUGAAGAACGUCCUCUCGGCGAGGACAUUCGUCAACUGGUACAACGGCCACCCCUACCAUUCCUCUUUUCUCGCACCCCUCAUCGACCUCUCCAAGCUCGAACACGCCACGAUCAUCGGCCAAGGAAACGUCGCCCUCGAUGUUGCCCGCAUCCUCCUGAAAGACGUCGACGCGCUGCGAGAGUACGACGUGCCAGACCACGUGCUUGCAGAACUCGCGCGGAGUCGAGUCAAGCGCGUUGACAUCGUUGGCCGGCGAGGACCGCUCCAACUCGCCGCGACGACGAAGGAACUGCGCGAGAUGCUCAACCUCCCCGGCGUAGGCUUCGACAUCGACUCGCAGAUCCUCUCAGACGCUGUGCGAGAUGUCGAGGCGUAUCCGAAGAUGGAAGGCGCGAGGGCGAAGAAGCGCGCGAUGGGAUUGCUGGCGGGUGGGAGCAAGACGCCGCUGGCGGAAGCGAGCAAGAGCUGGAGCCUGCAGUUCCUGCAGAGUCCCGUCGAACUCUUGCCUUCGUCGACGGAGGGUGCGACGGCACCCUCGGCGCUCGAAGGGAUCACCUCUCCUCAGUCCAUCGGCGCCGUUCGCUAUACCCUCAACGAACUCGUGCCCCCCUCUUCCGCUUCCUCUUCCUCAUCCUCACCCGACCCCUCCCAGUUCUCCGCCCGCGCAACCUCCGAAUCCCGCAUUGCAUCAACCGACAUCCUCUUCAAAUCCGUCGGGUACCGCUCGAUCGGCUUGCCUGGUCUUCCGUUCGACGAGAGACGAGGGAUCGUUCGCAAUGACCAGGGUCGAGUCGUAGAUGAACAGGGGAAGCGGAUAGAUGGACUCUACACGUCUGGAUGGCUCGCUAGGGGUCCAACGGGCGUCAUUGCGACGACUAUGUUCGAUGCGUUCGCAACAGCCGACUUGGUCGCGGCGGACUUGGCGCAGGCGGGUCAGGUGGAGGAGAAGCCUGAGUUUCGGAUAGACGAGUACAGCGGGGGGAAGAAGGUCGUGUCGUGGGAGGACUGGGAGGUGAUUGAUCGGAUUGAGCGAGAGAGAGGGAGGGAGAAGGGAAAGUUGAGGGAGAAGGUGGUCUCGGUUGAGGAGAUGCUCGAGGUCGUCGGGUAG